AUGACAGCAGCACCCACAGAAGAAUCAUUCACGCGCGAGUCAGCCAAAUGCAUGGGCCCAUACACCGUCUGUACCGAACCAGCCCUCUAUCUCUCGGCGGUCGAGUUCUCAGAUAUCCCCGAGAUGGUCCGGAUCCUUAACAUCAACCAAGACGUCUACAACGGCUCUGCCCUCUUCCAAUACCCCUACCUCGAAUCCCACGCUCAAGACCGCAUCCAAAAGGCCCACGAUACCGUUACCGCCAUUGGGAUCAACACCCAUUGGGCCAUGCGGACUGACCCCCACGGACCCCUAAUCGGAUGGGCGCACCUCCAUUUCGAUCAUUAUGACGAGAAGCAUCCCCAGCCUGUUCACCCCGUCACUGGAACUCCGUUGGUGGUGGCCGAUAUUGGGUACUGGUUGAGCCCCGAGCACACUGGGAAGGGGUUUGCGGCGAAGGUGGGGCGGUUUUUGGUGGAGGAGAUUGCGAUAAAGGAUAUGGGGUGUGAUAUUGUGAGGGCGGUUUCGUAUGUCGAGAACUGGCCCUCGAGGAAGGUUGCGGAGAGGAGUGGGAUGGAGUUGGAGUUGGCGAGCAAGUCGAUUUUGAUCCCCAAGUUAGGGGUGAUGAGAGAUAUUUGUACAUAUGCUGUUCAUAAGGAUCCUGCCACAAAGUCUAUCAUCAAGCUUGAUUAUGAUUAUUAG